AUGCAAAGAAUAGCAAAAUUUCUAAAGAAGAAAUGUUUUGUUCGUUCUUCAGAUUCGGGUCAUAGACUUAUUGAUGACGAUGGCGAGUUAGAUGCAAACUUUAAUGGUUUACAUGGAAUCAUAACUUUUGAUGUCACAUUGCCAACAGCCCAUUCAUACUUAAGUGACGAUUGGCAAGAGGUAAGUGGUCGGACAUUUCAUGAAGAUGGCAUGAUUCUUCACAUUCCCAUUUUGACACUUCCUGGUGUUGUCUUAAUGCCGGGCCAAAUGUUGCCUUUGCAUUUGUUUAGCAAUUCAGAUAUUGCAAUGAUUAAACAUUGUUUAGAUCGGGAUAAAACUUUUUCGGCAAAUAACAAUCGCACUCAAAAGUUGGCCUGUGUAGGAACGACAGCAGAAAUAUUAGCAGUGAAAGAAGAAGACAGUAUGGUCAUGAAAGUUAAAACGAUUGGAAGGCAGCGUUUUGAAGUUCUCGACACAAGACUUGACAUUGGGGGGAUAAUAAUUGCUCGUGUGAAAAUACUUCCUGACAUUGAACUACCUGAUCUGCUUCAACCCAUUUGCCCAUCUUCUCUUCUUAAACACACUCAACAAUACAGUGAUCAUUGCAAAUAUGAUUUUUCUACUAACACAAAUCAGGCUGUCAUUAACUCUAUACCAAAAGCAAACAAAUUCCACGCCUCCAUACUCACACAAUGGCCUUCUUGGGUGUACGACCAAUAUAACUGUGAAAAGCUGAUGAUGCAGAUUCGCGAUGAGCUGCAGAACUGGAACGAAUCGUUCGAUCUGGACAAGGUGCCCACUGACCCAGCUAAUUUUUCAUACUGGGUGGCAAGUACCCUGCCACUGGAUGAUUACAUGAGACUUGAACUGUUGAGAAUUGACUGCCCUCAACAGAGAUUGCGAUGUGAGUUGACCAUCAUGAAAAAGUGCACAGUGAUGUGCUGCAAAGGUUGUGGUCAGUCAGUUGCCGAAUUAACAAACGUUUUCAGCAUGUCUUUGGAAGGUCCACUAGGUACAUAUGUCAAUCCAGGAGGUCACGUGCAUGAAACUUUAACGGUGUACCAUGCAAAUAAUUUGAGCACGGUGGGCAGGCCCAGCACAGAAAGCAGCUGGUUCCCGGGGUGA